AUGAGGAAUCGUAUGGAGUAUUGUACGAUACAUGACAUCCACCUCGUAGACUUGAGCGAUCGUGUACCUGAAUACAAUACAUCAGCUCAAUGGGCAAGGUACUUUGGACUGAAAGAGCUACUGGCUGCAGAUCUAGACCCAAACCACUGGCUGAUUUGGUUAGAUUCUGAUGUUUUAAUCACGAACAUAAACCAACGAUUUGACCAAUUAAUUCAUACGUAUGGUACCGGAACCACUGAUCUCAUAAUAUCAAGAGAUCCAAGCUACAAGAAAUGGGUUGGAAGGAAUACUUCCAUAGUAAAUUCUGGUGUCUUCUUGCUACUGCACUCGCAGUGGUCUAGAACAUUUAUAGAUAGGAUGCUGGACUCGAGACACGCUCGUGAUGGAAUGACGGGACUCGUAGAUCAGCGUAUUAUGGCAAAUAUUUUGUUGGAGCAUGAGAACCUGAAAGCCAAACCAAUACAACCACAUGAAACGCACGAAAAGGUGACUGUAGUAGAGAAUAGAGAGCUCAACGGCUUUUGCAGACCAAAUCAAUACUAUAGAGGAGACGUAGGACUAUUUUCUUGGAAGAAGGGGGACUUUAUAGCACAUCUGUCUAGUAUAUCGAGAGCAGAUAGAGUGUUGCUGUUGCCAAAGUUGGUGGAAUAUAUGGGCAACGAAAAGGCUACAGCUGAUGAUAAUCCGUGUCUACCGCCAACGAUGUCUAGAAUUACAAUAUUGUAUAUAACACACGUAGAAGCUAGAAGUAUCAUAUAUCAUAAUAAUGACCCCAUCAUAUUCGGCCUUGAUCCUGUCUUGUUCCUCUCGUACCUUAUGAAACGACUUGCCAAUACUACUUCGCACACUUCGCAUCUCAUAGAUCCAAACGACGCAAUGUUGAUUGCACUCUCCGGACCACCAUGCUCAGGAAAGGACUCUCUCAUAAGCUACCUAGUAUCCCAGCACGAUUUCACUCAUCUUCGCUUACCACCUCCCCAACAUUCCUCAAACCGUCAACUGUAUAAUGAAACAGACGAUACGAUAGCAGAACUAUGCUUUAGCAGUGCUGAAAAGGCAUUAGAAUAUAUAUUAAAGAAGGAUUGGCGUAAGAACUAUGUUCUCUCGCCUAUUGAACGGGUCGUUGAUGCGCUUGACAUCAAGAGGAGGCCAUUUGCGCUUUUGGUUUCUGUAGAGGCUCCUACAUCACUUCGCUAUAAAAGGUGUCGUGAACGAUGUGUGUCAAUAGGUAUAACUCCUCCUACUCUGGACGAGUUCGUAUAUGGUGACGAUCAGCACAUGUAUGGAAGUCUAUUCAUUUCUACCCCAUCAAGUGACGGUACCAUAACUCCACCAACAUCAUAUGACGACGACGACACCACACUCUCCACAAACCUCGCAUCAGCUCUAGCACUAUCAGACUCUCCACGUCCAAACCUCCUCACAGACGAAGCCCCACCAUACUCAAUAUACAACGUUUCAAGCACCGCAGACCUCCACAUACUAAACCACCACCCAACAAUCACCUCCUUCCACCACCAUCUCGCGUCUCUAGACCUCCUCUCACCACACCGUCUGCGUCCCACCUGGGACUCGUAUUUUAUGAAGAUGUGCGAUCUAGCUGCUCGGCGCUCAAACUGUAUGAAACGACGUGUGGGGUGUAUUUUGGUAAAGGAGAAUCGAGUUGUCGCGACGGGGUACAAUGGGACGCCGCGUGGGGUGCUGAAUUGUAAUCAGGGCGGGUGUCCGAGGUGUAAUGAUGGUGCUGGAAGGGGGGUUGGGUUGGAUGAGUGUUUGUGUUUGCAUGCUGAAGAGAACGCACUGCUAGAAGCUGGUCGAGCACGUGUCGAACAUGGUGGAUCUGAUUCUGGUGCUAUCUUGUACUGCAACACAUGCCCUUGCUUGGGAUGUGCCAAAAAGAUCAUUCAAGUUGGUGUUCGUGAAGUGGUCUUUUCGCAAUCGUACGGAAUGGACGAAUUGACUGAAAAACUCUUGUCACAAGCGGGAGUGAAACUGCGACAGUUUGCUCAUGAAGAUUAUAUAUAA